AUGAGUCGGGGAUACCCACUCCCACUGGAUGUCACUCUAGUGAAUUUCACUCAGAGUCCACUCAUCGUGCCCGCAAUCCAAAAAGCCAUAGCACUCGCCAAGACCGCUUACUCUCACCCAACCUCUGGUCUCAACAUUCUUCCACAAGAGCUUGGGGUCUUCAUCUCCGAAUUCCUCUGCCCCAUCACCGAUUAUACGACGAAUGAUGUUCAAAAUUUGAAGAACAUGCUCUUGGAGUUUGGGUGGGAGCUACCUCAGUCGUUUUGGCGAGUGCGGUUAGACGAACAUUUGUUGUUUGAGUCAAAGGAAUAUAGCGCGGACCCGUCAGUGGAUUGGAAAGUGCGACUUGAAUUGAUGAGUCUGGUUGCAGAUCGAAGCCGGCUCGAUUUCAAGGAUCUAGCCAACCGUAAGCGGGUCCUUGGGAUUGUGCGUGCUCUUCGGGAUGCCUAUGCCAAGUUAUAA